ACUUCGGUCAUUUCACCCAAGAUAAUAAACAUCAACUCACGGGUGCAAUAUUGUGAACUAAGGACCUAACGUUCAGGCUAAAGCUGCUAAGAUUUUUUCCUUCUUUUUUUGUAUCUCGUUAUUUAUUUUUGGCGUACUUGAUUUGAUUGUUUGAUCCUAAAAUGAGACGUCCGUAUAUUAAUAAAAUCGUUGGGAUUAAAAGAUUCUACGCCAUGGCUACAGUGCUAGGAAUUCUCUUGGGAAACAGUGGCGGUGUAAGCGAUGGGAGCAGCACAGACUCCAGUUCACCUGCUACUACAAUUCCUUCAUCUGCAGAUAGUUCAACCACAAAUAACACAACAGUUCUUAAUACACCUAAUGCUGAAGGGAAUGAAAGCAUUUCUAGUAGCACCAGCAGCACAGUAAUGUCUACUAAUCAUUUCAUCACCAGUAGUAUAACAGAGCCCAUUACACAACCUAUGACAGAAAAUACGACUCAUGGAAGAAAUUCUGUGGUAACCACAAUGAGCCCUACCGUUUCUGUCACUAAGAAUGAUACAAUUGCCACUACACAUCCCAUGAGUGGAAACACAACUCCAGUAAAUAAUUCUAGCAUCAACAACACUACACAGAUGCCUACUAGUCAUUCUGUCAUGAAUAAUGAAACUGUCAACGCUGUGCCUACUAUGAGUGGAAAUACCGCUGAAGCAAAUAGUUCUGUAGAAACCAGUACCACUAUGACACCCUCUAGUUUUCCUUCCACCACAGAAGCAACUGGUCCCACUACACACCUCACAAGUGUAAAUAUGACUGAGGAAAAUAAUUCUAGUGUGACCAGCACUACAGUAAUGCACAGUAAUUUCCCUACCAUGAAUAACUCAACUGUUGUCUCUACACUUAUUACUAGUGCAAAUACUACUGAAGCAAACAAUUCUGUGGCAGCCAGUACCACAGUAAUGCCCACCAGUAAUUCUACCAUGACACCUAUAACUGCUACAAAUACCACUGAAGCAAACAGUUCUGCAGUAACCAACAGCACUAUCAUGACCACUAGUUUUCCUUCCACUAUUAAUGGAACUAGUGUCACUAUGCAUCCCACAAGUGUAAAUACGACUGAGCCAAAUAAUUUUAGUGCAAUCAGCACCACAAUAAUGCCCACCACUAACUCUACCAUGACACCUAUAACUAGUGCAAAUACCACUGAAGCAAACAAUUCUGUGGUAACCAAUAACUCUGUAAUGACGACAAGUUUUCCUAUCACCAUGAAUGGAACUGGUACCUCUACACAUCCCACAAGUGCAAAUACAACUGAGCCAAAUAAUUCUAGUGCAAUCAGUACCACAAUAAUGCCCAACACUAACUCUACCAUGACACCUAUAACUAGUGCAAAUACCACUGAAGCAAACAAUUCUGUGGUAACCAAUAACUCUGUAAUGACGACGAGUUUUCCUAUCACCAUGAAUGGAACUGGUACUACUAUACAACCCCCAAGUGUAAAUACAACUGAAGCAAAUAAUUCUAGCAUGUCUAGCACCACAAUGGUGCACACCACUCAUCCUACCACAGAUAAUACAACUGUCUUCACAACCCUUACUACUAAUGUAAAUACCACUCAAACAAACAGUUCUGGGGUAACCAGUAGCACUAUAAUGCCCACUAAUUCCCCUUCCACCGUUAAUGGAACUGGUGCCACCACACUCCCCACAAGUGCAAAAACAACUGAAGCAAACAAUUCUAGCCUGACCAGCAGCACAGUAAUAAUGCACAGCACUCAUCCUACCACAAAUAAUACAACUGUCUUCACUACCCUUCCUACUAAUGCAAAUACCACUCAAACAAACAGUUCUGGGGUAACCAGUAGCACUAUAAUGCCCACUAAUUCCCCUUCCACCGUUAAUGGAACUGGUGCCACCACACUCCCCACAAGUGCAAAAACAACUGAAGCAAACAAUUCUAGCCUGACCAGCAGCACAGUAAUAAUGCACAGCACUCAUCCUACCACAAAUAAUACAACUGUCUUCACUACUCUUACUACUAAUGUAAAUACCACACAAGUCAAUAGUUCUGUGCCAUCUAGCACCAUUACAACGACCACUAGCAAUCCUGCCACUAUGAAUGCAACUACUGCUACUGCACCCCUUACAAGUGUAAAUACGACACAAGCAAAUCAUUCUAGUACCCCCAGCAUCAUAGUAACAUCCACUACUCAGUCUAACGCAAGUAUUUCAAUUAUUUCCACUGCACAGCCAAUUACUAACAAUGCCACUCAAGGCAGCAAUAGCAGUACCAUCAGCACCCCUGCAAUGCCCACAGUCUCUAACAGUAAAACAACGUCCACUAUGCAGUCAAGCACUGGAAGUACAUCCCUUGCAAAUAAUACCAGUGCGGGGUCAAAUUCAUCCUCAUCAACAGUCUCUACCAACAGCCCCUCUACAUCAAGUGCUGCUCCAACACAGAUUCCACAAGCGCAGUUCCAAGUUCUCUUCAAGAUUACAAGUGUUAUAUUUAACAACUCACUGAAUGACAACACAUCACCAGAGUUUAAGGCACUGGAACAAAAAGUAGUCACGGAGCUAGAUGAUGUAUAUGGCUGCCUAACCUGCCCUACCCGCAAUACAUACAUUAAGAGCAGAGUUCUGAAAUUCAGCAAUGGAUCAGUGGAUGUCAGCUCUGAAGUGACCUUUAACAACAGUGCGUUGGACACAAAUAAAGUGCUAAACCAAUUCUUAACGAAGACAGAAAGUGGCACAGCGCUGGGAUCUAUGAAAUUGAGUCCAAGUUCUGUGAAAGUUGACGCUAUUACUACUGUACCCACAACCUCCUCCACUACUACGACUGGCGUGCCCACCACUAUGGCCAGCAGCAUAGUGCCUCCCUGGGGAAUUGCUUUACUUGUGCUUACCAGCAUUAUUGUGUUCAUCCUUCUGGUUCUCCUUAUUUGGCUGGUCAUCUAUUGUUGCUUGAAAAAACGAAGAGGAACAAUGAAUGUAUUCACUAUCGGUGGAUCAUAUUAUUCCAUGAAUGACCGGGAAGAAUACCCCAUGUAUACAUCACACACGCAUUUUGAGCCCCCCAAUGGAAGGAAUAACUCCUACUACAUACGCCAGCCAAAAUAUGGUCGAAGCUACGAAAACAAAGGAAUAGACGCACAUGACUUCUAAAGAAGGACUUAGCUGAAUCGAAUAACUUCACUAAAGUACUAAACAAACACAUCAAGACAAUGGAUUCUACCCAAGGCCAACCUUUUAAAAGGUGCAUUUCUAUGUUUAAAUGGUCGACUUGAAUCUCCUACAAAGAUAAAAACCAAGGAACUGAGAUAAAUAUGGAAUCAACGUGACCUGCAAAAAUGAAAAACAUCCUUGAUUUAAUCCCAGAUUAAAACUCUUUUGUCUUUGGGAUAAAGAGAAAAACCAGCUGAAGCCCUCAAGAGAAUGGAAAAUGUAAAAGAAUUCAGAUUUGAACAUGGGAUGAUGGGGAGGAGUAUUACUUUUGUUGUUGGUGGUGGUGGUCAGAAAACUCAGUCAAAUAUUUUUGGUUUACUGACCAAAAACUGACAUUUGCCAAAUGUGACCCUGGUAACAUCUGUUGAUCCUAAUGCAACUGAGCUCUUAGCUGCUAAUAUCAUUUAUUAGAAUUCUUGAUUUACCUGAUUUGGGCUUUUAUCUUGUUUUUUAAUAAUUGUUCAAAAUGUUAAUGGUCAUGUGGUGUAACCAAACCCAUUUAUCCUCCUCAAUUGUGAACCAUGCCCCUUUGUUAAGGCACAGUAACAGCAAGGCCCAUUCUGCCCCAAUGACACAUGUUUUUAGGUAAGCACCUUGCUUUGCUUCAGUGUUCAACCGAAGAAAAUCGUUUUGUAAACUGUGUGGUUUUAAGGUCAUGUUCAUCUAAUAUUUAAGAAUGAUAGCAUUAGGUAUUUUGAAAACGACACAUUAGCCGUAACUGUUGGCUUUGUUUCAUUUCAAUCCAUGCUUCACCUUUUGCUUUCAUCCUAACCUAAGGCUCACUAGCUAACAACUGAUAUUUUUGAAAAUGUCUUCAUACAAAACCACUAGCCUUUAUGGUACCUCCUCAAUGGCAGCACUCCUUUUUGUCAAAGGCUAUAAAAGUACACCUUAAAGAAGUCAAGAUCUGAUGUGGGGUGUCUGCUCACAGUGGCCUGGCACACCAACCCAUGGCACAGAGGAUAACAUUGAGUAACACAUCUCUUAAUCAACACACAAGUGGGAAAAAAACACCACCUGUACUUGGGCAUCAUAGGUAGAGUUUUGAAGGGCAUUUUGACUAUUGGAGAAAAUUGUUUAGUGUCACAAUUGCCAAAUUUAAAUAUUUAAGCUCAGAUGGGUCACCAGGAUCAGUUUUGGGAGCUAUGAAUGUACUGGAAAAAUUAAAAUCAAGACAGACUGACUAAACCGAAACCCUCAAGGCAUUCAAAACAAACAUUUUAUUUUCUAUUUUCAGGAAAACUGAACAAUUUAAAGAGAUUUUAGCUUAGGAACAGGGUGUCCGUUUUGCAUUGGCCUUUAUUUUUUAACAUUUCAUCAGACAUGUCCUAGGGUAACGUUGGGUUCAAAAGCCACGGGUCAACCAAAACACCAGGUAGAUAUUCUUUCUGUCAGUCUCAGCGCUCUGUUGUUUUGGAUAUAUACAAAAUGCUUUUUUUUGCCAAAUAAUUUCAAAUGUAACAAUUCCGACAAACUGAUAUUUCACUUUUUUGGCUGGAAAGUACAGUACUUGGUUGCCUUUUGCUGGCAAAUGCUCAUGUAGCCUUUAUAGCAUUAGGCAGAAAUCACAAAAAAGCAAAAAUGUGAUGAAAUGAGAAUAAGGAGGCAGUAAUUACAUUUAUCUAAUACAAUAUUGCAAGUCAAGACAUUUGAAAAGAAUGCAAAUAUUCAUAUCUUUUUUUUGUUUUUGCAAAAUGUAAAUUAAUGUAUGCAAAAUAUUUUGUAACCAUGCAGGUUUAAAAAAAAAUAUCUGCCAAGAGUUUUUUUCUGCAAUGUUUUGCACAGCAUAUUUUUGUAUUUCUUGUCAUAUAUUUAAGAAUAUUGUUUAAUACGUUUUCUCCACUCUGCUGCUCUGUACAAGCCUGGGUCAAUGUUUAUUUACUUACUGUUGAAGUUUGUUAGAAGCGUCCAUGUGCAAUACACCUGAUGAUUGUUUUU